GCGCGUGUCAACCCGAGCUCUGUAGAUCGGGUGAAUAGAGCAUGAAUAACGGUACUCCACAAUAUUUACUGAAAUGUUUCAUCACCACACCGACGACGGGCAUCCAUGGCGCAUAUGAAUAAACCAUUAAACAGCCAGUACUGGCCUUUUCGCCUAUAGAUUGAUACGAGCACUUCAGCGCAGUGAGCUAUUUAUUCAGUCUUAAGAUGGCCUGGAUCUGGAAGAAGAAGUCAGUGAUAGUGACCAGUCUGAUUGUGGUGGUGUCUCUGUUUUUGGUGGUGAUUAAUUACUCAGAGAAACCCUACUUCCUGCUGCAGCCUGUAUUCGGCCAGAGCUUCAGUAGAAACUGGAUGUUCUCCCGCACACCGCAUAAAGCCUUCAAACCCCACCACGGCUACCUCAGCGUCCCCCACCAGGAGCCGUUGAAGCUGCAUUGUGAGGUUUGCAGUAUAGUUUCCAGCUCUGGCCAGAUGCUGGGGCGUGAGGCAGGGACUGAGAUCGACCAGUCCUCCUGCAUAUGGAGAAUGAACAACGCACCCACCCGGGGCUUUGAAAGGGACGUGGGCCGCAGGACGGACCUGAGAGUGGUGUCUCACACUAGUGUUCCUCUGCUAAUCCAGAAACCCCAGCACUUCUUCGGCCAGGGGAAUGAGACUGUCUAUGUGGUCUGGGGACCCUUGCGCAACAUGAGGCAGGAUGGCAAGGGCAUUGUGUACAACAUGCUGCGGCAAGCGGUGGAAAACUACCCACAGUCUCGCAUCUACGUCACCACAGAAGAGCGCAUGAAUUACUGCGACACAGUUUUCAAGAAGGAGACAGGCAAAGACAGGAUUCAGUCGGGGUCGUACCUGAGCACCGGUUGGUUCACCCUCAUACUGGCCAUGGACAUGUGCAAAGAGAUCCGAGUCUACGGAAUGAUCAAUGACACAUACUGCAAAUCAGAAGGCUACAGGAAGGUCCCAUACCACUACUAUGAAGCAGGAAGUCGUGACGAAUGUGCCGAAUACCUCUUGCAUGAGAGUGCCCCUUAUGGCGGGCACCGUUUCAUCACAGAGAAGGCAGUUUUUGCAAAGUGGGCAAAGACGCACCCCAUCAAGUUUUUCAGUCCGGAAUGGCACCUGUCAUGACCAAGACUCCCAUUCUUUCAGAAUAUUCCUUAACGCUACGGUCCUGUUGGCUCGUUCCCUCUCCAUCUUAAAGUAACACACAUGAAACUUGUCAUGUAGUGGCUAAAUGAAUCAUUCCGAAUGUGAUUUCAAACAGCUGUCCAAGUGAAGUAAGUACCCCUUCGUGACCAUGAGGACAGCUCUCUAAUGAAACUGGUGUGAUCAAAUAGUGGAUUUUGCAUGUUGUACUCAUCUGGACAAUCAAGUAGUAUAUAUUUCUUUUAGAGCACAUACACUUAUUGCAGAAAGGAUGGGCUACAGUAGAAUGUAAUGCCCUUGUUUUAUCUUUUAUCCCCUUAUAUUAGGGCUGGCCAAUAUACCAAAUUAUAUAUAAAUAUAUAUUUCACUUCUUGCACUAUUUUUUUAAUCUAACUGAAGUAAUGGCUGUAGUUUGAUUCAAACGAUUAGUGCAAUAAGUAAAAUACAGUAAAAAUCUGUGGGGAAAAAAAAAGUUUUUCACCAAAUAAACCCAAGGAAGAACAAUAUUUAAUUAAUUUAAUAAUUUAUCUAAAACUAAAGCAACAUAGUAAAAUAAAUAAAAAAAUGAAACAUGCCAUGGAGACUUCUGUGCAAAUAGCAGAAUCAAAAUUUUGAAUCAGGUGAUUCACAGAAAUUAAUUGAACAUAUGAACUCUAAUGAAGUUUUUGCUAUUAAAGUCUAAAUCAGAUAUGCUAUUAAAGGGCCAUGAAACCCCUUGUUUCAGCAGCAGUCAGUUCUCACCACAGUUUUGAAAAAUGCUACAAAAGUGGGCGUGGUUAAGCUGCGGAGUGGAGGGGGAUGAGGGAAGACCAUAGACUGUAAAAAAAUAUGUCCGUGACGUCACCCGUUUCUGAAGAGCAUUUUUGAAACCUAAAGCUAGCCAUUGCCAUCUUGGCAUCGCAUCACCGCGCGUAACUCCCAGAUAACAGAAAAUGGGCAAAGAGGUGGGAUGUGGGUGGAGCUGAGGUGACGUGACAGCAGCAGACAAACAGCUAGUGGUGACAGCAACGGCAACCCACCUGUCACUCAACUGGCUGCGCCCUUAAUUAUCCAGAACUUUAAGGCUUAAUAUAAUUUAAACAGAUGCGUUAUAAAAAAAUUCACCCUCCUCACAAUUGUCAUGAAGGGCAAAAUUAGCUAUAUAGACCAAAACCACAAUUUGUACCAGACUGUAAAUAUGUUUUUAUUUUCUGCUGUAAAGUUGGGAAUUUUAACAUGGAGCUCAGUGAGAUUCUGCUCUCUUUUGAAGCCUGUCCCUAGAGGCCAGUCGAUGAAUUGCAGUUUAAGUCACUUCCGUAUUGGCUUCAAGAGAAACAGGGGGAGGUUGCCGCUUGGGGAAAACUGACAACACAUCAACGGCUUCUUAUUCAGACAGUUUUAUUUCGCUUUCAUUAAAAGCAUCAAAGCUUCCCACAAAUGCACACUGCAAAUUACCAUUACAUGCAACACAAUAUACACAUGGUUUUUGCUUUAAUUUAAUGCACAAAUAAAUGCACAGCCAUUCGCAAUUUGCUCUCUACAUCGAAUACAUAUGAAGACUUCAGAUGCAAAAGCCUCUAAGUGCCGUCUGAA